GGGAGGGGGGGUGGGAGAGGCGCAGUCCGGCGGGCGUUCACCAUUCCGGGUUGUUGUUGUUUUUUUGUUUUGUUUUUAAAGAGAGAGUUCAGCGCUGUGGCCCGAUGACCGGCUAGCUGCUCUCUGGACUCCACCGCGGCCUGCUCGGGAGGAGGAAGGGUGGUGACGGCGCAAAAUGCUCUACCGCUGACUCCCAAUAAGACCAGAGGCUCGCUGCGAGUCAAGACGACGAGCAAGAUGCACUUAUAGACCCUUUUUUGUUCUUCUUCAAAAAAAAACGCCCCCUUUAGCUUUUAGCUCUUUCUUGUGUGCGGUGAGGCUGUGUGAGCGCUGUCUCGCGGACCCCUACAAAUUCUCAGCCGGAGACAUGUCAUCCAACUGCACGAGCGCGGCGCCUGUCAGCGCUAGCAAAACCAAGACGAAAAAGAAGCAUUUUAUAGGACAGAAAGUGAAAUUAUUCCGUGCGAGCGAGCCCAUCCUCAGCAUUUUAAUGUGGGGGGUCAACCACACGAUUAACGAGUUAAGUAAUGUGCCUGUACCAGUAAUGCUGAUGCCAGAUGACUUUAAAGCCUACAGUAAGAUCAAAGUGGACAACCACCUAUUUAACAAAGAAAACCUGCCUAGUCGCUUUAAGUUCAAAGAGUACUGCCCCAUGGUGUUCAGAAACCUGAGGGAGCGGUUCUGCAUCGAUGACCAGGACUACCAGAACUCUCUAACGAGGAGCGCCCCGCUCAACAGCGAUUCCCAGGGUCGCUUCGGCAACCGCUUCCUGUCCAGCUACGACCACCGCUUUGUUAUUAAAACAGUGUCCAGCGAGGAUAUCGCUGAGAUGCACAACAUCCUAAAGAAAUAUCACCAGUUUAUAGUGGAGUGUCAUGGCAACACGCUGCUGCCGCAGUUCCUGGGCAUGUACAGGCUAACAGUGGACGGGGUAGAAACGUACAUGGUGGUGACCCGGAAUGUUUUCAGCCACCGCCUCACCGUGCACCGCAAAUAUGACCUGAAGGGUUCUACGGUCUCGAGGGAAGCCAGUGACAAGGAGAAGGCAAAAGAACUCCCAACUUUUAAAGACAACGACUUCUUGAAUGAAGGCCAGAAGCUGCCGAUAGGAGACGACAACAAGAAAUACUUUUUGGAGAAGCUAAAACAUGAUGUAGAGUUCCUGGCCACCCUAAAGAUCAUGGACUACAGUCUCCUGGUGGGAAUCCAUGAUGUGGAGCGGGCAGAGCAGGAGGAGAUGGAUGUGGAGGGCGUGGGGGAGGAGGAGGAGUACGAGAACGACGGGAUGGGCGGAGGCGUUCUCACCGGCUCGUUCGGCACGCCCCCCGACAGCCCCGGAAACCCUCUCAACUGUGGAGGAUUCUUUGGCCCCGGGGAGUUCGACCCCUCUGUGGACGUUUACGCAAUCAAGAGCCAAGACGGUGUUGUGAAGAAGGAGGUGUACUUCAUGGCUAUCAUCGACAUCCUCACACACUAUGACGCAAAGAAAAAGGCUGCACAUGCUGCCAAAACUGUGAAACACGGGGCGGGGGCAGAAAUAUCGACGGUGAACCCAGAGCAGUACUCGAAACGAUUCUACGAGUUCAUGUCCAACAUCUUAUCAUAGACUCCACGCACUUAUUUCUCUUCUCUCUCCCCUCAGGGGGAGGUUCAC